UCCAUGGCAACAACAACAAAUGCAGUUUUUGGUUUGCUCGGUCAGACAUCAACUGCAGUUGGUUUUAGUUUAACACCAAUGUUAGCUUCUAGCUACUUCCUACGAUUGCUAAGUAAGUUAACGUUGUUUGUUGCAUUUCGGUAUAUUUAUAAUAGUUGAAAUGUUCAGUUACAAGGUUAACAUUAGCUAGCUACUGUAACUUGGCAGGCCUUGCAACAGUCCCAUAAAGUACUAACGCUAGCUCCAGCUAGUUUAGUUACGUUAACACAGUGAGUUCUUACGACGCUUAAACUCCAUGCAGUGUGACUAGCUAGCUAGUUAACCGCUUGUCAGUUGAGUUACCAACUGGUCCGCUGCAGUGACCCGCCACUUUUUGUGAUAACGAGCCAGAUUGACCAGAAUGUCUGACAUGGAUGAAGACGCAGUGUUGUCCGAUGGAACGUUAGAGGGAGAGGAAGAAACGCAUCAAGAAGGACCUGGAGAGGACGAGAAGGUACAGGUUUGCCAUUUGACCCAAGAAACCAUAAGUCAAGGGCUCUCAUUGCUGUGCCGAACAGGAAAUGGUCUAGGACAUGCAUUUGUCAAAGUGGACCUAAAAGACAAAGGACUGAAUGGCAUUGCCGCAAUCAGCAGUUACACUCACCUCCGUUUUCUGGACUUAUCCAACAACCACCUUAUUGAUCUUGCUCCUCUGGCAUCUCUGACUCAGCUGCUCUGGCUGAAGGUUGACAAUAAUGCUGUAUCGUGCUUCAAAGGGCAACCUUUCGCUCAGUUGACCUACCUGCAGUGGCUGAGUAUGGCAGUGAACCGGCUAAUAGACCUGGAUGGCCUGGUCGGGCCUGCCUUGGAGAUCCUCAAUCUUACAGGUAAUGGUAUUCAGAGAGUGAACGGCCUUCAGAGUGGCUGUUUUGCCAACCUGGUAACUCUAGAGCUGAGGGGAAACCACUUGGAAACCAUUGAUGGCAUCAACCUUCCCAACCUGCGACGAUUAUAUCUGGCCCAAAAUUUUAUCAAGGAUCUGAAAGGUUUAGAAAGGCUAGAGCGCCUCACCACCCUUCAUCUUCGAGACAACCAGCUAGAUACUCUGGAUGGCCUCAGCCCCAACAUGAAGUGUCUCCAAUACCUCAAUGUCAGAGGCAAUGCAAUUUUAGAUGAGAAUGCCCUGCAAUGCCUUGGGCUUGUGUCAAAAACUCUGCGGGCUUUGGUCCUUUCUGAGAAUCCUCUAGUGGAAGCGACAGACUACCGGCUGAGUGUACUGAUUCUUCUGCCACAGCUGGAGCGACUUGACAAAGAUCUUGUCUCCCCGGAGGAGAGGACUGAGGCCCGGGAGAGAAUCAAGGAACUUAAAGAAGAGGAAAUAUCUGAGCCACAAGAAAUGCAAUGAUGGCCAAAAUGAGGAAGUGUUUUACUUCCUUAAGAACACAGGCUUGGUGUGUAUAGGUGGGUGACUGUGAUUGUGUUGUAUGAGAAGCAUUGCAUAUCUUGUAUAAUGCACUUUGUAUCUGUAAGUGUGUACAAAUAGGGUUGCUUGUGUCAUGUUCUUACACUAUUACAGCCAAUCUAUUUUUUUGAACAAUACAAUAAAAACUAAACAUGUCUAAUGCAUCCAUUGAUAUGUACAAAUGCAAGUAAUCAGCUAAAGUCACAAAGCAAUGUAUCAGUGACCAAUACAUAAGAAAUGAGGGAGUAUUUGUGUUUCUAGACAAACUGUUCUGUGUUUCCCUGAGUAAGGAUGAGAGGGCAAAAUCUGACACCAUUUCCCUGUUGGCAGUCAUCCAGCUUUAGCCUUAAGGGAACAGUGACAUGCAAUGGAUAUGUAUGAAAAAAUCACCAUAUGUGGUCUUUACUGUCCACCUAAGUACAAAGUGUGUACAUUGUAUCGGAUAAUGCAAUUGUCUCUGAUUAAUAGUAGUAAUCUUAAAUUAUCAAUAAUAUUUCGACACCUCACCAUCAUACUUUUGCCAAAAAGAAGGAACCUAUACAAUAUUUCAUAGAUAACUUGGCCAAAACCAAGACAAAUUAAAAGAAAUCACCUUAAUGAAAAUAUUGCCCAUUUUAUUAAGUCUGUAAGUGGUGGGUGCAAUUUCUUUCGUUGUAGGCUAUUCCCUGAUAAUUUCCCAACAAAUACAUGAACGUUACCUAGUUCUCCACAUUGUGGCUACCUGUUAAAAUACUCGUGUUUUAUGUCCAUAGAUUGGUGAUUUGCUGAUUAAAAGGUGAAAUGAUAAGAACUAAGUCACCACAGAUUUGUAACUUUAAUGAGCUGAAAAAUGAUUUGUGAAAGCAGCGCCUCAUGCGCAACUAGCCCCACAGCUGUUCCUCCAAUGACUGGAUUAGGUGGGAGUGGCAGUUAGAGGAGACAUAAGUCCAUUCCUCAAUGGUUCCUCCUCCUCCUCGGUUGUACUUGCAUCGGGUAGCUAGCAGCGGCGUGGCGCAGCUUUGAACCUACUACCCCAGGAAGCAGCAGUGUGAUUAA